CGAGGCGGGCGCGCGCAGCGCGGGCUCGCCCGGGGGCUCGCCCGUGGGGCCGCCGUGUCGCCCCCACCCCCACCCCAGCCUUCCCGGCCGCUCGUGGCCGGAAGUGGUGGCGACUCCCGGGGGAAGUUGAGGCCCCGGUGGGCGAGGCGGCGCGCGCGGGCCCAGCAGGCCUGACCGGAAACGGUGGCCCCCGGGGGGCCGGUGGCGGCCCCUGGCCUGCCCGCUCCGCUCUCCCCCGUUUUCAAAGGAGCCAGAUCCCGUUGCCGCCCCGGGCGCGCUGCGUGCGGCCUUUGAUCCGGCCGGGCCCAGACAUGGAGCUGCGGGAAGAGGCCUGGUCUCCGGGGCCGUUGGACUCCGAGGACCAGCAGAUGGCCAGUCACGAGAACCCAGUGGACAUCCUCAUCAUGGAUGACGACGACGUCCCCAGCUGGCCCCCGACCAAGCUGUCCCCUUCCCCAUCGGCGCCCCCCGCCGGCGCUCCGCCCCGGCCGCGGCCGCCCGCGCCCUACAUCUGCAACGAGUGCGGCAAGAGCUUCAGCCACUGGUCCAAGCUGACGCGGCACCAGCGCACGCACACUGGCGAGCGGCCCAACGCCUGCGCCGACUGCGGCAAGACCUUCUCGCAGAGCUCGCACCUGGUGCAGCACCGGCGCAUCCACACGGGCGAGAAGCCCUACGCCUGCUCCGAGUGCGGCAAGCGCUUCAGCUGGAGCUCCAACCUCAUGCAGCACCAGCGCAUCCACACGGGCGAGAAGCCCUACGCCUGCCCCGAUUGCGGCCGCAGCUUCACGCAGAGCAAGAGCCUGGCCAAGCACCGGCGCUCGCACAGCGGCCUCAAGCCCUUCGUGUGCCCGCGCUGUGGCCGCGGCUUCAGCCAGCCCAAGAGCCUGGCGCGCCACCUGCGGCUGCACCCCGAGCUGUCGGGGCCGGGCGUGGCGGCCAAGGUGCUAGCGGCCAGCGUGCGCCGGGCCAAGGCGCCCGAGGAGGCGGCGGCGGCGGACGGCGAGAUUGCCAUCCCGGUGGGCGACGGCGAGGGCAUCAUCGUGGUGGGCGCGCCGGGCGAGGGGGCGGCGGCGGCUGCAGCCAUGGCGAGCACGGGGGCCAGGGCGCCGGGACCCCGCUCGCGGCGCGCCCCGGCCCCCAAGCCGUACGUGUGCGUGGAGUGCGGGAAGGGCUUCGGGCACGGGGCCGGGCUGCUGGCCCACCAGCGCGCCCAGCACGGGGACGGGCUGGGGGCGGCGGGGGGUGAGGAGCCGGCGCACAUCUGCGUGGAGUGCGGCGAGGGCUUCGUGCAGGGCGCGGCGCUGCGCCGGCACAAGAAGGUGCACGCCGUGGGCGCUCCCUCGGUCUGCAGCCACUGCGGACAGAACUACUACCGGGCAGGCGGGGACGACGACGACGAGGACGACGACGAGGAGGCGGCGGGCGGGCGGUGCAGCGAGUGCCGCGGCGGGGAGGGCCGGUAGGGGCGGCGGCCCGGGGGGGCGGGGCCCCUCGGGCUGGGCGGGAACGACGGCGCGGGACCCAGAGGCUGGGGCGAAACGGACAGAGGGGCGCCCCGGCGGUGCGGCGGGCCUGGGGCGGGGCGCGCGGAGCGCCCACCAGGCCGCCCGGCCCCUCCCCGCGCCCGCCGUUCGGCCUGGCUUGGCCCCGUCGGUUCUCGGCCGAGCCCGAAUCGAGACGUUGGGUGGGAACUAGAGAGACCAAGACGCGACGAAACCCAUGAGCGGAAGACCAUUCGCCCUCUUUCCUUUCCCUCGCCGACCGGGCUGCUGCGAGAACGGCGAGCCGUGCACCCUUUACCCUCGGAGGGGCCCCAGCAGGAAGGGAGAGAGGGUCCUUUUACCCUUUAGAAUUUUCUUUUAAUCACACUGCCUCCUGCCCCCGCCCGCCUGUUAUUUUCUUCCCCUUCGCGGUCCCAGCCUUUCUCCUCUCCCUAUCCUCCCCCACCCCGCCGGGUCUGGGGUCGCGGAGGCGUGCGGAGCAGAGCGCCCGCGGACAGCGGGUCUCGGCUCAUCCCAGGCCUGGGCGCGGCGGGAAGAGGGCUCGGGGGCAAUAAAUCGCACUAUCCGAUCGUC